AUGCUGGAGAGGGCGUUGGGAUUCAGCGCCGACAUCAUCAUGGUGGACCUCGAGGACUCGGUGCCCUUGGGCGAGAAGGCCGCGGCGUGCGAGUUGGCAACCGAAUGGGUCCCGCGCUUGGCGGAAGCCGGCAAACAAGUGAUGGUGAGAGUCAACGCCCUGGAAACCGGCUUGGCGGCUGGGGAACUGUCAGCGGUGGUAUCGGCCGAUUUGAGCGGCAUCAGCAUCGGGAAAGGGAACACUCCCUGGGAUGUGCAGCAGGUGGACAAACUGCUCGCGCCUUUGGAAUCUAGGAUCGGGAUAGAAACGGGCAACAUCAAGGUGAUCCCGUGGAUCGAAACUGCUAUGUCCAUCGUCCAUGUCUACGAGAUGGCGCGGGCGUCGCAACGGACCGUCGGGAUAGCAUUCGGAGCCGAGGACUACACGAACGAUAUGGGGAUCAUAAGAAGCGACUUCGGCGAAGAGUGUUAUUUCGCUCGGUCAACGGUUGCCGUGGCGGCGCGGGCUGCCGGCGUUGCCGGCCUGGACGGCCCGUUCGUGGGUUUUCGGGAUCCCGAAGGUCUGAAAACCGACGCCGGCGCAGCGCGCCGGAUGGGGUAUACCGGCAAGUUCGCAAUUCAUCCGGCACAGAUAGACGCGAUCAACGAGACGUUUUCUCCCAACCCCGAAGACGUGGCAUACGCGAAGCGUGUGGUAGAGGCGUGGGAUGAAGCGGAAGCGGCCGGAAGAGGCUCGUUAUCCAUUGACGGGCGCAUGGUAGAUGUGCCGGUCGUGAAACGAGCACAAAAUCUGCUGGCCCAAGCGGCGGCAAUCGAAGCGCAGACCAAUUAA